AUGUUGGCAAUCUCUUCAGCCAUAUUAUUUGCUGAUAUCCGACAUCAUCAAGCGCUCCUUUCUGUAAUUCAGUAUAUACCAGAAUGUACAAUAUUCGGAAAAGGAAAUAUGAUCGGUGGUAUUCAAUUCACAAAUGAAGGAUUUGUUGAUGUAUUGAAACAGCCUCAAGUUCAUUCAAAUCAAAAAAAUAUUCUUAUUGAACAUGUUGAAAUAGAUAUUGAACCAUCUAUAGAUGGUUUCGAAGAUGAACUAUGUUUAUUAUUAAAUAAAGAUCGAAUUUCUAGACAAAUGCCAUCGUCACAGGAAACUCGAAAAGUUUCCAUAGUUGAACGUCGCCUAAGAGUUGGUAUUCAUAAUGGAAAAUGUUACGUUCAUGAGCCAUUAAUAUGUUAUUUAACAACUGAACAAGAAGGCACAGGUUUGGGAUUAUCAAAAAAACUUAGUUUCAGACAAUCACAACGACGUCGAACAGUGUCAUCAGAAAGGCAAGCCCGAGGUCAAGAUACAUUUCGAAAACUUUAUUUGAGAAAUCCGAUUCGACUUGAUGAUGUUCCACUUGAUUCACAAAAUGCAAUUGUUUUUGUACUAGAAUAUAUGGUAUCAAUUCCAUUGGAUAUUCACAAAGUAAAAGAGAAUGAACCAAAUGAGAAUACUAAAACAUCAUUUGUUGUUCGUUGGACGGUAUGGUUUCCGGGUAAAGAUAAACAAGUGGCAUUAAAUUUGUAUGGUGGACAAGUUCUGUUGACCGAUGAAGUAUUUGUUUAUAAACCAUCAAAAACUGUAUUAAAUUCAUCAGAAGUUUUACGCGAAACAUUGAAAUUUGAUUAUCGUUUUGAUGACGAGCCAAUCAGACAUUCGAUCGUAACGCCAAAACCAGAGUUGAUUUCAGCCGUUCCUAGAAGACCGACCAUACCACUGGAAGAUGAAAAAUCGUCACGGUUUGAACAGCAUGUUGUACCAUCUAGAGCAAUUCCAUCUGCACUGCAACCACCCGUUUACCAUCUGAAUAAUCUCACACCGUGGAGUAAUUUUCCGUUAAUAACAAAUGUCAAUGGUAAACAGGCUGAAAUGAUUGACAUACGUCAAUCAAGAUUAAUGAAUAUUCAAACAGAAACAAAUGAUCCAAUGAAUUGUAAUGAAAUUCAUUUGUAUUUUCUCGCUUAUCUGAGAGCAUCAACACAACAAUCUAAACGAAGUUUUCCAAAAAAUUUAUUUUUUACGUUUAAAUUUUAUCGUUUUCCUGAAACAACAACAAGCAGAAUUGCACUUGAACGUAUGCACGAUAAUAUAUCGAGUGAUCCUAACUUUCAACCAUAUGUUUUGUGGAGGUUAAAACAAGAUAAUUCAAAAACAACCGAAUUACCUGGACUUCCGGUCAAAUUUCUAAUCGAUGGAGGUUUUCUUGGUUCGGUUGAAAAUCGAAAUUUUUUUGAAUACAUGGAUAGUCACGUUUUGUAUAUUGAUGUUUGGGAUGGAGACGGAAUAUUUUGUAUUGGCGUUUGUGCACUCGAAUUGAAGUAUUUACUGCGUGAUGGACGUGGAGCAAUUCAAACGUUGGUCGAACUAGAUAUUUAUUCGGCAAUGCCAGUUGAAGCUACACAACAUAUUGAACAAGAAUAUUACCAACAUUCGACCGAAGACCAAUUCUCUCUAAUUGGUGAAAAACUACAGACGGUUGGAAAAUUAAUAAUGAAAAUUGGAAAUGUUGGUCACGUAUCUGAUCAACCAACAAUUGAUUCUUUGAAAACGUAUGAUACAUUAAAAUUACUUCCCACAAAUCGUGUAGUAUCAUCAACACCCUCAUUUGAUAUUAUACAAAGACGAUUAGGAGAAAUAUCAUCAUCAGGCAUACCAGACCAUCAUUUAACCCGUGCUCAUCGCCUUGUUGAAAGUCAUCCGAAUCUUAAUACUGCAUUACAUACUCAGACUCAACAAACAACGGAUACAGAACGUUUGAGAAAAUUAUCUCGCAUGGAAGCUGUACGAAAAAAAGUUACAGAGGAUAGUGAAAUAAUACCGAUGCCAUUAACAACAAAUAGAGAAUUACGUGAAGCAAGAGAAAAUGAUUUGAAAUCACUAGCAUUUUAUCGUGAUCAAUCAAAGCAUGCCGAUAUCGCGCAUCAUUUAUCAAAUUUUAUAACUAAAGAAAUUCAUAUACGAUUAAUGCCAGGUUUUAUCGAAUUUUUCGAAUUUGUUUUACAAAACCCAUUUCCUGAACAACAUUCGAUUAGUAUUACAAGUGAUGACGAUGAACUAAGUGUUGUGACUGAUACUCGUGAAUGGCAAAAGCUAAAAUCAAUGUUUGAAGUUUUCUCUGAAACCCAAGAGAGUAUUUUCACUCAAAUGGAUCAAGGUGGGUUGAAACAAGUUCCACAAGUAUUCAUGCGAUCAAAAGAAACUAUUCACAUACCAUUUAAAUUACAAACCUUUCAAAGCGGUAUUAAAUCGGAUCAACAUUCACAGAAUCCAUUUGCUCAGGAGCAAACAUUUUCUGUUGUGGAAAAACGCUUUAACGAGAGAUUAAAACCAAAACAAAUUAAAACUACAUUUCAAAUAGAAAAUGGAACGCCGAUAGCUAUAUUGUCUAUUCAUAUUGAUUAUAUAUCACCACUUAUUGAUCAAACAAUUCGUUGCGUUAAUGGAGAAAAUACUUUGAUGAAAAGAGUUAUUCGAAUUCCAAAUCCUAGACGAGCAAUUAUAUCUGAAUCGGUUGUUACCGGUCUAGAAGAACAAAUAUACCAAGUAUUUGUGAGACCAAGUGAUCCAAAUGUGAUAUGCGAUAUUAAACCUGUUCCAAUUAAUGAACCAUGCGAUAUGCUUGUGAAGGCUGGGAGUCAAAGUGCACCAACAAUUAAAACAUUUUAUGUUUUUAUCUAUUCUGAUUCAUUUAUGCAUAAACCGGCAUUUGUUUGGCAAUUCUAUAUUCAUGCUGUUAAACGAAUCGAUAUGCAAUGUAUUCAAAGUCAAACAACAAGAACAACACUGCUACUAAGAGGAACACGUUCAUCUCGACUUGUCCAAUGUUUUGGUAAUUCACCCGAUGAACUCUUAAUUUCUCCGAGUAACGCCUUUAGUUGUAUGUCAAAUAGUUUACACGAAUUAAAUUUACUUGUUCGUCCGUCAAAGCCCGGAAUUCGUUCAUAUUGUGUGAAUGCUGUUGAUACUGAAUUACAUCAGAUUAUUGAUACAUGGUUAAUUCGAGUCAAUUCUCGUUUACCAAAUAUAUCAAGGAGAUUUGAACAAACACUCCAAAUUGGUCAAAGUCAACCGAUGAAUAAACGUAUAGCCUAUACAAAUCCAUACUCGCUGAGUAAAACAUUUUAUUUCAGUACAAGUCAUCCUGAUUUGUUACAAUUACAACAUUCAAAAUUAGAUUUUCAAGCAAAUGAAAAACGUUUUCUUAGUUUUACAUUAUUACCACUAUUUCAAAUCACGAUCAUAGAUAUUUUCAUUUUGAUUAAUAGCGAAGAUGACACAAAUGAAGAUGCCUACUGUGUUAGAGUUAAUUAUGUAGACAAUCUAUAA